AUGUUGAUCUGGAACGGCACGGGGCCGGUGAAGGACAUGGAGGCGAACAGCACCGACGACGCCUCGUCAGCGGCACCGUGGGAGGGCACGCUGCCGCCCGGCUCGCUUGACAGCCGCGCCGACGUGAUCCUCGCGAUCGGGAUCGUCAUGACCGUCGUUGCGGCUGUGUUCGUCGCGUUGCGGGUGUAUGUGCGGGCGUUCAUGAUUAGGAAAUGGGGGGCGGACGAUACCCUGCUCGCGUCUGCUUUUAUUGCCGUGGUUUUGCACAACUCCAUGUUGUGCGUAGCGACAAGAUUCGGACUCGGGAAGCACGUAUGGAUGAACUCCAUCAACAACCUGAUCAAAGGCCAAAAGAUAUCCCUCUUCGUCAUCAUCGUGUACCAGGUCGCCUUCGUCACCAUCAAAAUCGCCUUCCUCUUCCAAUACCGCCGCGUCUUCCCGUACUCAAAAGUCGAGCUCCUGUGCAACAUCGGCAUCUGCUUCCUCGCCCUCUUCGGGAUCCAGCUCCUGGUCUGCGCCGGCGUCAGCUUCGACCUCAUCUACAAAUACACCUUCUUCGACACGCCGAUCAACGUCAUGAGCUGGUGGAUGGCCAACGCCUCGAUACACCUCAUCACCAAUGUCCUGAUCUUCAUCAUCCCGAUCCCCUUUCUGGGUCGUCUGCAAAUGACGAGGACCCAGAAGCUCGCCCUUAUUGCCAGCUUCGCGCUCGGCCUCCUCACCUGCGCCAUCUCCAUCAUCCGAAUCGCGACCAUCCCCAAAUCCUACCUUUCCAUGGACCAGACAUACAACCAAACUCCUACAAUAGUCUGGUCCAUCGCCGAGCUCUCCGUCGCGAUAAUCUGCUGCUGCAUCCCCACCCUACGGCCCCUCUCCCGCCCGUCGCACUACUCCGCCAACACCACCGGCCCCCGCGAGUCCUUCAUGAACCCCUUCCCGCCCCCUUCUGGCGCCGGCGUCCCGCGCAUCAGCACCGCCAACACCGCCGACCGCGGCUCCUCCUCCAUCAGCGGCGAAUCCGACGUCGUCGUCAUCCGCAAACCGCGCUCCAGCUUCUGGCACCGCAGCCGCAAACAAAGCGACAACUCGACCCUUAACGGCGACGUGGACGAGAUCGAGCCGGUGCCCGUGCUCGCGACGGUGAUGCGCACGCCGACGAUACCCGUGACGCUCGUCACGACAGACCCGUCGUCGCCGGCCAGGGUGGAGAUGCCGGUGCUGGAGAUUAAUGGGAUGCGGCGGCCGAGCGAGGCAACGGUUAGUAGUGGCGGCAUGCCACGGCGGACGAGGAGUGUGCGGAGUAGCAUUGUAAGCGACGGGAGCCUGGGCGGGUUCGGCAGGGGGUUGGGAAGGAAUCUGAGUCUGGGGAGGCAUAUGAGUGUUGCGCUGACGGAAAGGGACUCGGAUGAUGAUGUGUAUUAUUUUGGGGUCAGUGAGGAAGAGGUUGACUUGGAGUGCCCGACGCCGCUUAGUCCGCCGCCGAAAAGUCGGCAGUCUCUGUCGGAGAGUCGGUGA